GCGGGCUCUUCAAUAUCUGUGUGCCGUUUGUGGUGUGGAUAGUUAUUGUUGAAAUUUCCCAAAUUCCCAGUUGUAUUCAAUAUAUGUUUUUCGCUCCAUACCUCAAGUUUUGAAUUUAAGACUAGUUAUGAAUUGAGAACUGCCUUUGAAAGUCACGAUGGCAGCAUUCAGCUUUGGUUCAAACACCUCUGGGUUUGGAUCGGGUGGAGGCUCCAGUUCAAUGUUUGGCACCGGCAACAAGAGUUUUGCUUUUGGCAGUCCUAGUACCACUACUUCAGCAUCAGCAUUUGGCACCAACACAAAUAGUAACACUUUUUCUGGUUUUGGCAACAUAUCUGGGACCAAUACAGGUUUUGGUAACUCCGCUCCUGCAACAAACAGUGGGUUUAGUUUUGGAAGCAACACUGGGGCUCUAGGAACAAACAGCAACACUGGCACAGGUUUUACUUUUGGCUCCAACAAACCAGCAGGAGGAGGCUUCAGUUUUGGCAGCAACACCAACACAGGCCUUGGGACCGGCACAAGUUCUGGGUUUGGUCUCGGCACCAACACAGCCUUUGGCACCAACACCACCACCAGCAGCGCCUUUGGCACUGGGACCUUUGGUGCUGGAACUAACACAUCGUCGGGCUUUGGUUCUGGUGGGCUCUUUGGCGGUGGCCUAAAGACUACUCAGCCCAUGCUGGGCUUUGGUCUCAACUCAUCUAAUAACAACACUGCGUUCAAAGGCUUUGGAACCGGAGGAUGCCUGACACAACAACCUCAGCAGCAACAACAGCAACAACAACAACAACAGGGUGCUAGUGUGUCACUAUACAUGGCUGUGUGUGCUCCUGCUUACUUCAGUGAUGAGCGUGAUGAUGUCCUGAAGAAGUGGAACCAACUGCAGGCCGUGUGGGGCUGUGGCAAAGGGUUCUACGCCCCCGGGCUGCCCCCCGUGGAGUUCACCCCCGACAACGAGUUCUGCCACUUCAAGGCGGUCGGCUACAUCAAGAUGCCCUCCUUCUCUCCUGAGGAGGGGCUGGUUGAGCUCGUCAUCUCUAAGAAGGAGAGUCUUGUGAGGGAGCAGCAAGCAGGGCUGGUGGGCGAGCUGUGCAAGCUGUACGGGCUGGCCCAGGAGACAGAGAGCCUCCUGCUGCAGGGGCAGCUGGACAAGAUAGCAGAGGACGUGGCCCAGGAGACAGAGAGCCUCCUGCUGCAGGGGCAGCUGGACAAGAUAGCAGAGGACGUGUGCAGCGUACAGUCCCGCCUCGCUGCCCUCAACGAUCACCUCACCGAGUGCCACCGACGCCAGCGUCUCAUGGCACACCGGGUCCUGGCCCUCAGCGUCACGCAGGAGUGCCACCGCAAGAGGGGCGUGCCCAUCACCGGGGCUGAAGAGCAACUUAGGUUACGGCUUGAGAACCUGCACGCUCAGUUACAUGCACCUACCAUGUAUAUGGGUAAGCUGAACGAGCUGCUGUCACAAGUAACAGCUCAAGGCAACAACGGCGGCAACAAGGCAACAGAGGAGAGCUCCAGCCUGUCACCGGAUACGGAGCGAGACGUCAAGGAGUUUCUGUCGUGGCAACAGGAUGGCAUUACGGAGGUUGUUGCCAUCCUCAAGAAUGACAUCAAAGCUUUUGAUGCCAUGAUCAAAAGCAGAACUAAAUGAUGGGCCAUCGAAAUUAAGACGCGUCGAAAUGUUGCAGUAUCAAAACGAUAAAUGCUGCAUCAAAAUGAAAAGAGGUUCAUCGACAAUUGUUAAUUAAACUGAAGGUACUAACGAUUUAUCCGCAUGAUUGUGUGCUGCAGUGCUUUAAAUUGAGCACACAAGACCAAUGCAACGUCUAGGGCUUUUUAAUAAGCUGUUCUUGAUCAAAAAAUGAUGCUGCAUCACAAUGGAAGGAGUUCAUCGACAAUUGCCAAUUUAAACUGAAGAUAGUAGGGUAUUUACUUGCUUGAUUGUGUGUUGCAGUGCUGUAAGAUGAGGACACAAGUCCAAUGCAGCGCCUGGGUCUUUUUAAUAAGAUGUUCUUGAUCAA